CUGCCGCAGCGGUCCUAACGGGCUCGGGCGGUGCCCCCGGCGCUCCGCCUCCCCGGGCCCUCCCCCGGCUCCAUCUUGCUGGCGACCAGGCUUGGGCUGUGACGCUGCUCGCCGGGGUCAGAAUGUCAUACCCAGGCUAUCCCCCAACAGGCUACCCACCUUUCCCUGGAUAUCCUCCUGCAGGUCAGGAGUCAUCUUUUCCCCCUCCUGGUCAGUAUCCUUAUCCUAGUGGCUUUCCUCCAGUGGGAGGAGGUGCCUACCCACCAGCCCCAAGUAGCAGCUACCCAGGAGCUGGAGGCUACCCUGCCCCUGGAGGUUAUCCAGCCCCUGGAGGCUAUCCUGGUGCCCCACCACCAGGGGGAGCUCCAGCCUAUCCAGGAGGUCAAGGGUUUGGAACCCCACCAGGGGGAGCAGGCUUGCCUGGCUAUCCACAGCCGCCCUCCCAGUCUUACGGUGUUGGCCCAGCACAGGUCCCGCUGCCUGGUGGCUUUCCUGGAGGACAGAUGCCUUCUCAGUAUCCUGGAGGACAAGCUCCUUACCCAAGUCAGAUCAAUACAGAAUCCUUUCCUUCUUAUCCUGUUUUCUCUCCUGUUUCUUUGGAUUAUAACAGUGAACCUGCUGCGAUGACUCAGGGAGUUCAAGGAACAGUCCAGCCAGCUGCCAACUUCGAUGCCAUGAGAGACGCAGAAAUUCUUCGGAAAGCAAUGAAGGGUUUUGGCACAGACGAGCAGGCAAUUGUGGACGUUGUGGCCAGCCGUUCCAGUGAUCAGAGGCAAAAAAUUAAAGCAGCUUUUAAGACCAUGUAUGGCAAGGAUUUAAUCAAAGACCUUAAAUCAGAGUUAAGUGGAAAUAUGGAAGAACUGAUCCUUGCCCUGUUCAUGCCAUCUACAUAUUAUGAUGCCUGGAGUUUACGGAAUGCAAUGAAGGGAGCAGGAACUCAGGAACGUGUAUUGAUUGAAAUUUUGUGCACAAGAACAAAUCAGGAAAUCCGAGAAAUUGUCAGAUGUUAUCAAUCAGAAUUUGGACGAGACCUUGAAAAGGACAUUAGGUCAGAUACAUCAGGGCAUUUUGAACGUUUACUUGUAUCCAUGUGCCAGGGAAAUCGUGAUGAGAACCAGAAUGUUAACCACCAGUUGGCUCAGGAAGAUGCUCAACGUCUCUAUCAAGCCGGUGAAGGGAGACUAGGGACAGAUGAAUCUUGCUUUAACAUGAUUCUUGCCACAAGAAGCUUUCCUCAGCUGAAAGCUACUCUGGAGGCUUAUUCCAGGGUGGCUAAUCGAGAUUUGUUAAGUAGUGUUGCCCGUGAAUUUUCUGGAAGUGUUGAAAGUGGUUUAAAGACCAUCUUGCAAUGUGCCCUGAACCGCCCUGCCUUCUUUGCUGAGAGGCUCUACUAUUCUAUGAAAGGUGCCGGCACAGAUGACUCCACCCUGGUCAGGAUUGUGGUCACUCGAAGUGAGAUUGAUCUUGUACAAAUAAAACAGAUGUUCAGUCAGAUGUAUCAGAAGACCCUGGGCACAAUGAUCGCAAGUGACACAAGUGGAGAUUACCGAAAGCUGCUUCUGGCCAUCGUGGGCCAGUAGGAGGGAUUUUUUAAAUAAAUGAAGCAUAUCCUUCAGUAAUUGACCUGCAUGCAGCAAUAUCAACCACCACCUAAGCAAAAGAGCUUUUUACCAAGGACUGUGUCAGGGUAUUGUGCUUGGUUUGCACAUGUGGUUAUUGCCUUAAUUCCAAUGUUACUUUUUCUCUAUGUACAAUCAGGGUGAAGCCAUAUCACAAUGAUGUACUAAUAAUGCAAUGUUUGUAAGGCAUAAAUCUCACUGCUCUUCUAAUCAGGAUCCCAAGUUGAAUAAAAAUCACAGUAGUUUCUAAUUCUGCAUAAUAAAGCUGAAUAAAAGAAAAAGUUGCGAAACUCUGCCUUCCAAAGCCCUGGUAGGUCCAUUGGACAGUUAUAGUGGUCUUAUGUCAAAACUGUAUUACUUUUUUAAAGAUUCAGCUCUUUUGACUUAGAGUAAUUUGCAUCUUAUUUUACAUAAAUUGAUAUUCUAUAUUUAUAAACACUAAACUUUCCAUAUAGGAAAGGGAUGAGUAUUGCCUAUAGCACCUUUUAAAAAAAGGGAUUAUAUGUUUAUAUGCAUAAAAUAUAUAGCCUAUCUCUAUGUCUAAAACUCCCUAAAGAUCUUUAUUGGCCCUUGGUUUUAAAAAAAACAUUAUGAAAGACUUUAAAAAUUAGUUACAAUUUAAUCAUGAUUGAAGAAAGUGAAGCUUGACAUAUAUAGGAAGGAGGAGCUUAAUUAGUGAAUGAAGCUUACAGUAUGGGAAAAUUGGAUCCCAGCUCUUUGGAGAAGUAGUUCAGAAGCUCAAUUAGUGGUGUAGCAGGAUGAUUACAAAACCCAUUGGCUUAUCCCCACUACUGAGCAAUUACUUAUUGAGUAUAUUGAACAUUAUAAUAGGUAGUCAGGAGAAACACAAAGGAGGUUUGUAAUAUACUGGGGGCUCUAAACAAAAAUUAAGACAAAAAAAUUGUAAAUACUAGAUGAUAAAUUCUGCUGAGGAUGAGAACCCUAUUUAUUCUUUGUGUGAAGCUUCCCAGCACAAAGCAGAAAUAUAAUACAGAUUUGGUGAAUGCUUAUACUCAGAAUUGAGAAGAACAGUAAAUAUCAAUUAUAGUUCAAUGAACAUUGGUUUUGUGUAAAUACCAAGGGGCAUAUAAGGUGGUAUAAGAUACAACCUUACUCUAAGAGAGAUAGACCUCUCUCUGUACAGUUGUAGUGAAGGCAAGAUAUAUGGGUAGAAGGAUAAUGAGUUAAGAUGGAUGUUAAUUACUUUGAAAUAGUUUCAUUGAAAAAGGUGAGUUUUGAUGUAGAUUUUGAAAAAGUAACAGUGAUGGGAUUUGGUAAUACGGGAAGUGGGGGUAAGGUAUUCAGGAAAGAAAAGAUAUGAGCAAUAUAUUUUUAAACUUUUUGAAAAUUGAGAUAUAAUUUAUAUACCAUUCACCUUUCUAAAGUGUACACUUCAGUGGUUUUUAGCAUAUUCAGAUUGUGCAAUCAUCACCAUAAUCAAUUUUGAACAUUUUCAUCAUCCAAAAAGAAACUUUAGGCCUACCAGUAGCCACUCCUCAUUCCCCCUCCUUCUGUCCCGCCCCUGGCAAUCACCAAUCUACUUUCUGUUUUUAUGGAUUUACCUAUUUUGGGCUUUUCAUAUGAAUGGAAUCAUUCAAUAUGUGGCCCUUAUGUCUGGCUUCUUUCAAUUAGCAUACUUUUUUUUAGGGCUCAUCUGUGUUGUAGUGUGAGUCAAUACUUCAUUCUGUUUUGUGGCUGAAUAAUCCACUAUAAGGACAUACAUUUUUUUUGUCCAUGCAUCAGUUGAUGGACAUUUGGGUUGUUUUCACCUUUUGGCUAUUAUGAAUAAUGCUGCUGUGAAUAUUUAUGUACAAGUUUUUGUGUGGACAUGUGUUUUCAGUUCUGUUGACUUUAGAACUAGGAGUGGAAUUGCUGGAUCACAGUAUCUUUAUGUUUAACUUUUUGAGGAUCUGCCAAACUGUUUUCCAAAACAGCUGCACCAUUUUACAGUCCUACUAGCAGUGAACCCAGCUUCCAAUUUCUCUUCAUCCUAACCCAACACUAUCAUUAUCUGUCUCUUUGAUUAUAGCCAUCCUAGUGGAUGUGAAGUGACUUCUCCUUAUGGCUUUGAUGUGCAUUUUCCUAAUGACUUUUCUUGUGCUUAUUGUCCAUUUGCAUUAUCUUUGGAAAAAUGUCUUUUAAUAUUUUGUCCAUUUUAAAAUUGGUUGUCUCUUUAUUGUUGAGUUGUAAGGGUUAUUUAUGUAUUAUUCUGUAUAGUAGACCCUUACAUGAUUUUGUUCUCUAUUCUUUUAUGAAAUGGUUAGUUUAGAUGCAGCCACAAGAGGAUACCCAGGAGAGGCUCAGGAAAACAAUUUAUUAUACUCAAACAUCCUAGAGACAAGAGGCACUGCACACACAGGGCCACAUGGGAAAGACACCAGGGUGGUCAGGAGGCCCAGGGGAAUGCUUAGGUCAUGACCUUUAUUGGGGUUUCUGGAAAGGCAAAGCAGGACAGGGCAAACAGUUCAUUAUUGGCUAGUUUGAGUAAUUCUGUGAGUAUCUGGGCUACAUGAGUGGUCUCUAAUGUCCUCAUACCUGGCCCAGGGAUAAUUAAGGCAGAGGAAUAUUGCCUCCUGUGGUGAGGGCCUGAUAUAGGAGGUAUGACUCUGGAUCGGUUAGUUUGUACAUCAAAGGCAUGCUCCUUGCUGGGACCUUUGUUAUCUCAAUGAAUGGGCAUACCAGGGAGGAAGUAGUCACUUCCCAGUCAGAAAAGUUUUUUAAGAUAGAAAAACGUAAUACACAAAGAAUUAUAUAUCCACUCACUAUAGAUUUCCAAAUAUUUUCUCCCAUUCUGUGGAUUGCCUUUUUACUUUUUUUUUUUAACUCUUUUUUUUUUAAAGUAAUCUCUACACCCAACAUGGGGUUCAAACUCACAACCCCAAGAUCAAGAGUUGCAUGCUCUACCAACUGAGCCAGCCAGGUGCCCUCUUUUUACUUUCUUGGUGUCCUUUGAUGCACAAAAGUUUAAAAUUCUGAUGACGUCCAAUAUUUCUAUUCUUCGGUCACUUGUGCUUUCAGUGUCAUGUCUAAGAAACCAUUGUCUAAUGAAAGCUUAGCAUGAUUUACCCAUAUGUUUUCCUCUAAUAUUUUUAUGAUCUUAGCUCUUAUAUUUAGGUCUUUGACAUUUUUAGUUCAUUUUUACAUAUGGUGAGGUAGGUGUCCAACUUCUUUCUUUUGCAUUUGGAUAUAUGGUUGUCCUACAAUCAUUUGUUGAAAAGACUGUUCUUUCCCCCAUUGAAUGGUCAUGGCAGUCUUGCCAGAGAUCACUGACCAUAAAGACAAAGUUUUAUUUCUGAACUUUCCAUUCCAUUUGUCUAUACAUUUAUCCUUAUGCCUUGAUUAAGCUGUACUUAAUUACUUGAUAACUAGCUUUGUAAUAAGCUAGAAAUUGGGAAGUGUGAGUCCUCCACUGUGUUCUUUUUCAAGAUUGUGUUUGCUAUUCUGGCUCUCUUGCAUUUCCAUACAAAUUUUAGAAUCAGCUUGUCAA